GUUAAGUAGGGGAACAAGGGUGUUUUUCUCUUGCCUGCUCUCUUUCCAUCAGUCUCUGCUACUAAUUAAGCAGGAAUGGGAAGAGCUCCCUGUUGUUCUAAGGUGGGUUUGCAGAGAGGGCCAUGGACAGCCAUAGAAGACACUCUACUCAUCGACUAUAUUCGAGCACACGGCCAAGGCAAUUGGAGAUAUUUGCCUAAGAAAGCUGGACUUCUUAGGUGUGGGAAAAGCUGCAGGCUUAGAUGGAUGAACUAUCUUCGACCCGAUAUCAAGAGAGGAAAUUUUACAGCUGAUGAAGACGACCUUAUCAUCCGGCUUCGUUCCCUCUUGGGAAACCGGUGGUCGCUCAUUGCUGGAAGGCUUCCAGGGCGGACUGAUAAUGAGAUAAAGAACUACUGGAAUUGCCAUCUCAGUAAGAGAUUGAAGCACACGGGCAAAACCCCAGAAGAGUUCAUCAAAAUAAACAACCAUCUCAGGAAGGGAUUGAAGCACAUGGGCAAAACCCCAGAAUCGCCCAGCACAAUAAACAGCAAGAAUUGUAAAAUCUACAAGCCAAAGCCUUUUAGGAUUACCUCGGUCUCAAUAAUUACAAGGAACAACAGUGCUGAUAGUUCGAUAAGCGGGCCAACCAGUGGUUCUGCUACUGCCCAAGAAGAUAAAGGAUCAUUAGCCAGUACAGAAGCUCCCGGUCUGCCAUGGCCUCAGGUUAAUAGUGCAGGUGAUGCAGGAGGUGUUUUAUUUGACAAUAGUGAACAUGAUAUUGCCUCUGAACCUUCUUCCCAAUAUGAUCCAAUACCUACAAACCAUAACAAGUUUGAGAUGCUUUAUCAGGAGUAUCUACAGCUUUUAAUGGCGGAUGAUAAUGUUGCAGUGGAAUCGCUAUCUGCUUAACUGAUUCCUGGCGGCAUUGAAGUGAUUAUGGUCAGUUAGUUGAUCAUAUAUUUUUCCCUAAUGUCCAUGCAAUAAUAUUCUUUGAGUUUG